AUGUCCAUCUUCAUCAUCCAAUUUAUUGUUGGAAGGAAGAAGAAGUUCGCAGAAGUUCUUGAAUACUGGGAACUAGAAUAUGGACCUCAAAGGUUCAGAUAUAAAGAUCUUUCUAUCGCAACCAAAGGAUUUAAUGACAAGGAGCUUCUUGGCAUAGGUGGCUUCGGUAAGGUCUACAAAGGUAUAUUACCUACUUCAAAAGAAGUUGCAAUGAAGAGAGUAUCACAUGAAUCAAGACAAGGAAUGAGGGAAUUCAUCGCUGAGAUCGUCAGCAUCGGAAAACUACUGCAUCGAAACAUAAUAACACUCUUGGGUGUGGCAUCCGCUUUACUAUAUCUUCAUGAAGAAUGGGAAAAAGUUGUGGUUCACAGAGACGUUAAGUCCAACAAUGUGAUGUUAGACAAGGAGCUAAAUGGAAGACUGAGUGAUUUUGGACUUGCAAGAUUAUAUGAUCAUGGAAGCCAUCCUAAAUCCACCCAUGUGGUGGGGACGUUUGGUUAUCUUGCACCAGAACUCGCAAGGACUGACAGAGCAAACCCUAGUGUGGAUGUCUUUGCGUUUGGGAUAUUUUGCUGGAAGUGGCUUGUGGUAGGAGGCCAAUCGAGCCACAAGUAUCAGGAGAGUGUAUUGUAUUAG